AUGUCUAGAACGCGUGCUAAUCAGCAGGACGACUGGGACCAUGACUCUGAGCCGGAACCUGCGCCCAAACCUGCACCUCCCAAGCCCCAAGCCAAGGCUCCUUCAAAGCCUGCGGCGAAAGAAGGUGUCCAGCUUCGUCGCGGUAUCGCCGGUGAGGAAACUGGUUUUGAAAACUUUGAUGCCGCGUCGGGCGAAGAAGAGCGACGUCGUCGGGAGCGUGAGGCAGAAAUGCGCUCCGACUUGAGCAAUGCGGCAGACCUCUUUGGUGCAGCUACUCUGGAUGAGAACGAGGGGGACGAGGAGACCGCAGCGCCCGAGCCUACAAAGCCUGCAAAGAAGGCGCCCGCGCCCGCCGCGCCCAGCGCGCCCCUCGCGUUUGCCAACGCAAAACCAGCGACCAAGGAAGAAUGGGAGAACUAUGCAAACGAUGUAUAUGCGUCACUGAUCAAGCCAAAGUCGUCGUUGUCAGGCUUUGACAAGCACUUUUUCCCCUGCAUGCUUGCGCUGCUCACAACGAAUGGCGUUCGUGACGUGGAUAUGCGUAAAGGAGCGAACAAGCUACGAGAGCUUGCGGAGGCCAAAGUGAAGGCAGACCAAGAGAUGAAGCGCACAGGUGGUAAUGUGAAGGGCACUGUAGUUGUCAAGGCGAAACCCAAGCAAGUCGGCACGGCGAGUGCAAAGAAUACUUACGACCUAAAGGCGUACGGAAAAGAGGCUUUGGAUGACGAUGAUUUUAUGUAG